AACUGGCUUCAGUCAGUCGUUUGUACUGACCAGACCAAUUCACAUCAUCAAGUCUUUUUGUCUUCUCACAUCUAUCUCAGCUGUGAUUGACAAUUGACUUGACGUCUUUAUCCAUAGGAUAUGAUGUUGAUGUUUAAAGUGCCAAUGUUUAAAAGUUGACGACCACAAAAGUGCCUUAAAUAUAAUUAUUAAAAAAUUUUUAAAUUAAUUAUUACUAAACGGGGAUCCAAAUACAUAAAUAAAUAAAACAAUUUUUUUUUUUUUUUUCAUUGGUGAAUAAAAAAAAGUUGCUUCAAUCAUAAUCAGUAUUGUGUGUUUGGCUGUGAAAAUUAUUUACAAUGGAUCCCUAUUCGCUGAGUGUUGAACGUGAAGCAUCAAAAAAUAUUGAAGAAAAUGAGAGAGAAUGUUUCAAGGAUGCAAUUGUAUCAAGUAGAAGUUUAAACAAGGGUUUUGUUGAGCCAACAAAACUUACAAAUGCAUAUCCAGAGAUAAUUGCUUGUGUAUUGACUGCAACAUUUCACAUAUCUGUUGGUCUUGCAAUGUCAUUUUCAGCAAUAUUAGUUCCAGAUUUAGAAGAAAAAAAUUCAGAAAUUCCUGCAACUAAAUCAGAGACAUCAUGGAUAGCAAGUAUUAUCGUAAUAUCAGCACCAAUUGGAUCUCUAUUGGGUGGUAUACUUAUGGAAUAUGUUGGACGACUUAGAACAUUACAAAUUGGAACAAUUCCAGCAGUUGCUGGAUGGAUUAUGAUUGCAUUAUCAACAAAUGUACCAAUGAUAUUAGUUGGACGUGUAUUAGGUGGUAUAGCAACAGCAAUGGCAACAUCACCAGCAAUUGUUUAUAUAACUGAAGUUGCUAGACCAGAAUUACGUGGUUCAUUAAUGUCAUUUGGACCAACACUUGCAUCAUUUGGCAUGGUAUUGACAUAUUUAAAGGGUACAUAUUUACCAUGGAGAACAGUUGCUUGGAUCAGCAUUAUUUAUUCAAUAAUACCAAUUUUUUUAAUUCAAUUUUUUGUCCAUGAAUCACCUGUAUGGCUUGUAUCAAAGGGAAGAAUUGAUGAAGCAAAAAAAUCAUUAGAACGUUUAUACAAAUCAGAAAUGCAAGCUGGUAAAGUAUCAGCUGCUGAACAACAAUUUGUAACAAUAAUGAAAGAACAUGAAAUUAAAUUGAGUGAACAAAGAAGAAGUAAAAAUAGCACUUUAGGAACUAAAAUGAGAGCAUUUUUAAAACCAACUGGAUGGAAACCAAUGACAAUAUUAUUUUUCUUUUUUUUGUUUCAACAAUUUUCAGGAAUAUAUAUUACACUUUUUUAUGCUGUAACAUGGAUUCACGAAUCUGGUGCUAAAAUUGAUUCAUACUGGGGCUCAGUGUUUGUUGGUUUAACGAGAUUUUUUUGCUCAAUGGUUAAUACUUGGCUAUUAAGACGUUACAAAAGACGAGUACUAUGUAUAAUAUCAGCAAUUGGCAUGUCAAUUUGCAUGGGAAUAUCUGGUUAUUUUACAUUAAGAAUACAACAAAAUUAUUUUGAUAAUCCAUCAGCAAAUAUAGUUCCAGUUAUUGGUCUAUUGAUGUUUGUUGUAAUGUCAAUGGUUGGAUUUUUAACAAUUCCAUGGACAAUGACUGCUGAACUUUUUCCAACUGAAAUUCGUGGUAUUGCACAAUCAAUGAGUUAUGCUAUGGCAAAUAUACUUAUGUUUGCUGCUGUACAAAGUUACAGAAAUUUAACUGAAUAUUUAGGUGGUCCAUAUGCAAUACAAUGGUUCUUUGCUGCAACGUCAAUUGUUGGUGCUGUAUUUGUAUGGUUGCUACUUCCAGAAACACAUGGUAAAAAAUUAUCGGAAAUUGAAGAAUAUUUUCAUAAUAAUUUCUUGGCUGUUGGUGCUGAUGCUAAAGCUAAAAGACGACAAGCUAGAAGACGAGCACAACGUAAAGAACAAACUCCCUUAAAUCAAAAUACAAAUGGAAAAAAAUCUGAGCCUGUUUAGAUAUACAUAAUUAUCCGAUUGAUUUCGUCCAUUAUUCUUUUUUUUUUUUUUUUUUUUAAAUCUUAAUAUUUCAAUUAGUUAUCAUUGUAUAUUAUAAUUAUUGCGUCCAAAAAUGGCCUUUUUUUAUCUUUGUAUAUUUUACAAGUUGAAAAAAAAAAACAAACAAACAAAUAUCUUAAUUGGGUACUUAAUUAUUAUUUUUGAUAAAACUUAAUGGCGCACAACAAUAUAUUAUACGGUGCCUUUAAUUAUUUUUUUUUUUUUUUUGCCCUCAUGUACUUGAUUAAAAAUUAUUAAAAACAAACAAAAUAAUGUCAAACAACUUACUAUACUGUAUAAUGUGAUAAAAUUUUUUUUUUAUUAUUCAAUUGUAAAAUAAAUAAAAUAAAAAUAAAUAAUUAAUAACA